CCGGAGUGGCAGCCAUGAGACCCGGGAGGAGGGCGCCCCCUCACACCUGCCUCACCCCUCAGCCAGGCCAGACCUCCCUUUGUGAGUACCUCAGCUGCUUAUCCUCCGUCAGUGCCUCACCUCCCUCAGGCAACACCUCUAAUGUGACUGUUCACUGUACAGUAAAUUUGACAACCAAAAUCUUUGUGAGCAGGUUGUAUACGACUUCACUAUGCAAAUGGAAAUAUAAAUUUAUUUUACCUGUACACUACUACUAUUGUAUCUACAUACUGUACUGUACUCAAGAAUAUAGUACUGAACAGCAAUUUAAUCAACCAUAGUAGUGCAAUGCAGAGGAGCAAACAAAGCUGCAUCUUGUGGAGAACAGUGUAGUGUGUAUCGUGUUUGUGACAGUGACAUUCUGCAUACAAGGAGAAUGCUGCCUCUAGUACGACAAAUGUCAAGCGGGUUGCGCAGAGGCACCUGCUUCGCUGCUGCUGUCAUGGCUCCCAGAGCUAUGACACCUCCGUCUUGUAACAGCUUUGGGACACUCAACACGUCCCUUCAUGAACCUCGACAGCAGCCUUUAGUGAUGCUGUCGCUGAUCCACACGCGUGACUUCCAUUCAAAGAAGUUCUCCCGAAAUGUCGAGUUUUUUACUGCAAGUGAUGAUGUGCUCGCAAACACUUCUUCAAUGAAGGUUUCUUCAGCAUCGAGUAAGCAUGACCGUCCAUUAACGCUCUUGUUCUGCUGGCUCUUGGCUCGGGAAAAGCAUAUCAGGAAGUAUGCUCAGCUUCAUACCAACAUGGGGUUUGAUGUACUUAAGAUAAGAAUAUCUCCAUUUGAUCUCUUACGACCCACCAAAGGAUCACAGGUGGCAGCAGAUCAGGUGCUAAAGUUCUUACAUGCAAAUCCAUCUUAUAACACAUUGUUGAUUCAUGGCUUGAGUGUUGGUGGAUAUGUUGCCAUGGAACUCAUGGUAAAGAUUCAAAAUGACAUGCAGAAGCAUGGUCAUUUGUUGAACCGUUUUGUAGGACAAGUCUGGGACAGUGCAGUGGACAUUGAUGGGAUUCCUGAUGGUGUGCCCAGAGCAGUCACUAACAACCAAAGUCUGCAGAGGAAUAUCAAGAAAUACCUCUUAUGGUACAUGAAGGUUCAGUACAGUACAGCAACAAUUCAUUACGAGAGAGCGAGUGCCAAGAUGCAUGAAAACUUCGUAGGGGUGCCAUCACUUUUCUUCUUCUCGGAAAAUGACCCAGUCUCCACCCCAGAGAUGAAUGCCAAAGUGUACAAGAAAUGGGAAGAUAGAAAUUUCCCGGUAUAUGUGAAGUGCUGGAAAGAUUCGACUCAUGUUAGCCAUUACUUGAAACAUCGGAGAGAAUAUGAAGAUGAAGUGGUUGCGUUCUUAGAGCGGGUUGGAGUAAUCGAGCCCACCAGACAACGAGCUUCAUCAGCCUGAAAAUCCUUGAAUAAUAGUGAUGGAAGUUUUUAUUGACAUUGUAAAGAAGUAUAGAUGAAAAAAUGUUUUACAUAAUGUACUUACUACAAAAGUUUAUAGUUAGAAUUGAUGAUACAUUUUCUUCACAAUGACUUUACAUCUGUAAAAGGGAUAAGUAAAAAAUUAACAUUCACCAGUGCAAUUAAUAACUGAUUUGAUGGAAAUAUCCAGGAAAUUACUUUCUUUGUCAUGUGCAUAACCAAGUCAUAUACAUAUACAGUGUACUAGGUUACUGCACUGAAUACUUUACCAUAUCUGCAGACUACGUGUGUCUAAUCAAGAUCAGUUGUUUUCCACAUUGGUACAUAAAGGAGGAUUUUCAUGUCUGUAAAUAACAAACCAAAUAAAAUCUCAUAUUCAAUAUGAA